AAACGUAUCGAAGAUGCAGAAGCCGAGGUGUUUGUGCUGUCGGAUGAAAUGGAUUCGAAUAUGGCCGCUUUAAUUGGCUACGCGAACGAUCGAGCUCGUAUCUAUCAUCGCCUUAACGAUCGAAUCAGUUUCUUCAAUGAACUCGAUCAGGUGUGUUCCAUACUUAAAAUCAUUCCGCCAUGUUUCCCAACUCGAUUCGAGACAUGGAAACUAUGGAAAACGGGAAGCUUUAGUUAG